UUUUAACUUUUCUUUUUAAGUAAAAGGCGGAAAUAAAAAUUGAUUAGUUAAAGAUAAGUCACAACACAGAACUGUCUUGAAAAAGAACAAACGAGUAUGAAUUCAUCUAAUAUAAAGAGAUUUUCAUUAGAAUACUGGAAGCUAACUUGGUAUUCAUUAAUCACAGUUUUAGGAAUUAUUGGGAAUGGCGUGGUAAUGAUUGUUAUAAUUCUAUCUAAGAAUAUUAAUCGCACAUCAUUGUUUCAUAUUGCUAUAUUUUCAAUAGCACUUGCUGACUUUAUGGUAUCUUUAUUUAGCUUACCAACUUAUAUUAUGUCAACUGAUAUCUUUCAAAAUUAUCAUCCUCAAAAUAUUAGUGGUGAUUUGAUGUGUAUAUUUAUUACCGGGUAUUCUUUACCGUAUUGGUUUAUUGAUGCUUCAGUUUAUUUACUCGUAUUUAUUUCAAUUGAAAGGUGGAAUGCAAUAAUGUAUCAAAAAUUUUUGUUGUUUCAACUAAAUUCUACAAAGUCUAAAAUUGCAACAAUGGUUUUAAUUUUUUUCCUUGCUUUAAUCACAGAAUCAUUAUGUGCAGGGUUUUUAGUAUAUGAUCCCAACAAUAAGCAAUUUGGAAAUUUUUGUAAAUAUUUUUUAGACAAAACACCCAAAAAAAUUACUCUUACACUCGUUAUUUUUAUUUUAGACACAGCAAUACCUGUUGUUAUUGUUUGGUAUUGUUUUUACCGAAUCUCUUUGUUUCUUAAAACAACUGAAAUAUUUUUUGGAAAAUCUAUGAAAGUCAAUAAAAUCGAUAUUUUACAAAUUCGUAAAGUCAAAACAAUAAAAACAAUCAAAAUAUUAGCAGUUGCCUUUUGCAUUUGUAUAUUACCGAACAGAAUACUUUUAGUACUGAGCUCUCUAAAUGAAGAAAACGUGAAAUGGAAUAAUUGGAUCUCCCAAGUCUUUGUUUUAAUGCGAUUAUCAAAUUCUUUUAUAAACCCUUUGAUAUUCUGUUUUCAGAGUAAGCAAUUUAGAAAAAAUUUGUCCAUGGUGUUUUACCGGUCGGACAAACAAAAAUCUAUAACAUCAAGCAGAGGCAAACAACAAUCAACCGGUUACAAAAAGUUACCGGACAUGACUUUUUAAAACUAAUCCCAAUAAAGAUUAAACCAAAGAAACCCAAAUAAAAGAUCGAAAGAUCGAAGAAUGAAGAUCGAAAGGUAUCUGUUGUAGCGUUAUUUUGUUUUAAAAUUUAAAUAGAAGACUGAUCGAAAGGUA